GGCUUUAGGAAGGGUUCUUGGAGAGAUGCGCGUGAGGAUCUCGUCGCCGCGCGGAGAGAUCAGGUGGGCGCUACCGGCAUUGACGAUUUCCAGAAAUUUUUCCGGGAGGAGGCCAAGAUCAGAGAGGCCGAGCGCCGAGGACGCCUGGAAGUGGACAAUCCGGAAGAAGGUUUGGGAUUUGGUCGCGGGCCAGAGGGUCGUCAAGAGUCCCAAGAACAGGACUCCAAACUUCGAAGGCGCAGCGAUCGCAGCGCACAAGCUAGGAGAGCUAUCUGCAUUUCGCGAUGCCAAGGUCGUCAACGUUGGCCCAGAGGCCGCGCAGGCACCCGUGAGGCUGAUGACUCUGAGAGAGAGGAAGAAGCUUAUUGUUCCUUGUCUCAGAAGGCUUGUCAAGGAAUUCCUGGCCGAGGUCGAUCCAAACGACAUGACUCAAGAAGAGUUGGAUGAUCUCACUGACGAAGAGCUUGGACUUCCAACUAAACCUUUGCAGCUCAGUCCAAAGGCAGCAUUUGAGGUGGACCUCGUUGUUCUGGGAUCCGUGGCUGUCGAUCCAAAAACUGGAGCUCGUAUCGGUGACGGCCAGGGCCUGGAGGACUUGAAUUACGCAUUGCUUCGCUACAUGGAAGCCAUAGACAGCUCAACCCCGGUGGUCACAACAGUUCACGAGAAGCAGCUUGUGGAUGAUAUCCCAGUGGAGAAGAUGAUGUGCUACGACGUUCCAGCGGAUAUAAUCUGCACGCCUGAGAGGACCAUCUUCACCAACAGAAGCUUUCUCAAGCCAGAUGGAAUUUUCUGGGAAAGCUUGCAACCAGAAAAGCUCAGCCGAAUCCAUGCUCUCCAAAUGCUGAAAAAAUCGCUCCAGAAGGAAAUGCGACUCCCAAUGGCUCCGUCACUCACACUCGCAAAGCUCAAGCGCUCCUCCAUCAUCGACGAGCCUUGCAUUUUCCUGUCGGAGCUCUGCCCGAGCGUCACCGAGAGGCAGCUCCGGCAGCACUUGGAGGACCUGGGGGUGACAGCUCGCAAAGUUUUGGUGUUUAAAGCCAGCAGGAAGAUCGUUGCUCGGGCUAUGGUGGACGAGGAGAAGAUUGAUGCUUACGUGAAAGCUAUCAACGCGAGCACGAGACAGCUCGAUGGGUGGUCGAUAAGAGCGAGAAGAGACUCCUCGGCGAUUCGAACCAAAGCGCGAGAGAAAGAACCUCUUGGCGAUUGACCAAGAUCCUUUCUUUAAUGUACAGAGCUAUAUGCCGCCAUGCAUUUAUACGAAAGUUCUCUCUUUGUUCUGGAAUC